AUUGUACAUCCCACUUGCAGCUCAGCCAAGAUGAGACACUCCACUCAGAUUACAUCUUUGUUUCUGCUUUGCACUGCUUUAAGCUCUUCAGCUGCAGUUCUAGGUCUAUCUAUACCCAACACGCUCCGACAAGUCCCGUUUGGUUUAUCACAAAAUCCACAUCCCAUUAUGGAUAAAGUCAUCCCAGGCUUCAUUAAGCCACAACCUGCUGGUCCUGAUAAAGGUGCCGAUGCAGACCAAGAUUCACCUGUUAUCUCGGAUGUUCUUCCCAAAACGAAGGGCAUCAAUAUUUUCGCUCAGCUGACCCGCGACUUUGACCCGAUCGCCUCUCGUUUAAAUGAUUUCUCCAAGAAUAUCACCGUGUUGGCACCUCGAAACAGUGCUGUCCAGGCAUUACCGCGGAAACCAUGGGAGGAUCCGGAGGACUAUGCGAAGUAUGGGGAUGUAAAUGCUUAUGGAGGAGAGGGUGGACAGGAUCGGGCGAAGCGCAAUCUGCAGCGAUUUGUCGAAGCCCAUCUCAUCCCUGUUAGCCCAUGGAAAGAAGGAGAGGAGGUAGAGACUUUGGGAGGAGAGAAAAUCAAGUGGAUAAAAGAGGGAGAUAAGAUAUUUAUCCAACCCGGUAAUAUCGAGGUGGACAGCAUCGCGGAGAAGGUGGCCAAUGGAGAAGUCUGGGUGUUGAAUGGUGUGAUCAACUAUCGAUGA